UGUGUUUGUGUAUCCUCAGUGUUUUUCUCUCUUGAGUGUUUUAAACAGAGUCUUGUCUCUGUGUAUUUUAUUGUUGAUGAUGGAUGUGAUGUGCUGUAAAUCAGUAGGAACUGAUCUGUCCAUGCUGGAUAUUGAUGAUUUCAUGACAGAAAUCUCUCAGCUGAAGAAAGAGGUGGCGUUACUGGAGACAAAGCUGAGGUUAAGAGGAGAUGAAGGACUGAAGAGAGAGGACUCCGAGCUCAGUCUGACUUUACUCUGUUAUACUGAGUCAAAGCACACAGACGCUCAGGACACUACAGUGUGUGACAGUAAUCAGGACUUACAGGAUGAUGAAUCUACUGAUCAAACCUCCACAGAGUCUCUGGAUUCUGUCUGUAACGCUGGAGAACAGCAGCAGAUCCUGCAGACCAAACUCAACAUGUGUUCAGUCAAACUCGUGGAGAUGAGAAGAGAAACCAUAGCAGAGGAACAUCACAGUGAUGGAGACAAUCGUGAUGAUGAUGAUGAUAUAAUUGCCUUAGAUGAGAUCGGUGACUCGUGUGUGGAUGGAGAAAUAACGUCCUCGACUCUUUCCUGCAUCACCGGUGGAGAGACAAUCAGCUCACGAGGACAUUCAGAGAGAAAACACACAGAACAGAAACUCUUCACCUGCAGGAGAUGUAAAAUCAGCUUUACUAGCUUACAAGAGAAGAGACGUCAUCAUUCAGAAAAGCACAAAGAGAAGAAGAAUAAACAGGUUCACUGUCAGCAGUGUGGGGUUAAUUUUGUCUUCUUAUCUCAGCUAAAAGAACACAUGAAGAUACACAGUGAUGAAAAGUCUUUCCACUGCACUGAAUGUGGCAAAUAUUUCAGCAGCAAAGGAAAUCUUAAUGCUCAUAAAAGAUCUCACACAGGAGAAAAACCAUUCGAGUGUCCUCACUGUAAGAUAAGAUUCAGACACAAACCUCAUCUGAAGACACACAUGCUUAUACACACAAAUGAGAGACCGUAUCUGUGCAGUGAAUGUGGAAAAACCUUUAGGUACCCCUUCUCUUUAAAGUCACACCAAACAUUACACACUGGAGGGAGGCGCCAUCAAUGUUCAUACUGCGAUAAAUGUUUUCAGCAGAAAAUUCAUCUGAUAGUCCAUGAGAGAAUUCACACCGGAGAGAAACCUUACCUCUGCUCUUACUGUGGUAAGAGCUUUACUCAUCCAACUAAUUUCAAAAAUCACCAAGCUAUGCACACUGGAGAAAAACCUCAUCAAUGUAAUGUGUGUGGAAAGAGUUUCAGUCAAAAUUACAGUUUAGUGUCACACCAGAGAGUUCAUACAGGAGAAAGACCUUUCAAAUGCUCUCAGUGUGAAAAGACGUUUACUCUAGCAGGUAACCUAAAAAAUCAUCAGAGAGUUCAUACUGGAGAGAAACCUUACGUCUGCUCCAUAUGUGGAGAAAGAUUCACUUAUUUCGGACCUUUAAAGACUCAUCAGAAGAAACAUACUGAAGAACAAACAGCCAUGUGUGAAAAAAUAGCUCCUACAUAAAUACUUUCACAUUUGUUUGGGAUAUCUGGGCCUAAACAGACCUUUUUUUUGCGGGACUGUCUGAUACUGUGCGUUACACAUGAUUGUCAAGACACAAAGUCUUUGUGCACUAUAUUCCAAUUCUUAAUACGUUCAAUAUGUUUAUGUGAAGAAUAAAUGUGCAUUUAAGUA